UUAUACUAUUGUAAAAUUAUUUUCCGUGUGAAGCCAUUUCAGGGUACACAUUUAGCAACCAAAAAUUUAAAAAUGGAGAACGACAAUGGAGUGCUUGUUGACUUGUACAUUCCAAGAAAAUGCUCCUCAAGUAAUCGUAUCAUUCAUGCCAAAGAUCAUGCAUCUAUUCAGUUGAGUAUUGCUGAUGUUGAUCCUGAAACUGGGCGCAUGACUGACUCUCAAAAAAUGUACGCAAUUUGUGGAGCUAUUCGCCGUAUGAUGCCAAAAACUGUUCGACACUUAUUGCCCAAUCUGGACCAAUAGACGCAACUACAUUUGAUGGAUUUCCAUUACGAUCG